AUGGCCUUUGGCCGUUCGAGUCGCUCAAAGAGACCGUCAUCUCCGAAACCCCCGCCAAAACCACCACGUCCGAAUCAGCAAGAGAACGUAGCGGUACCGCACAAAUAUGUCCCUCCUCCGUAUGCGUCGCCGGCGGGGGCGUAUUCAGUCAACACAUUUCAUGUACCUCCAGUCGCAUAUAAUCCAAAUAUGACGGUGUCUAUGGUUCAUCUACAGCCUCAACCAGUGCCACAGCAAAUCCAUCAUUUCCCAGGGCCUGCUCUAAGUAGUCCACAAUGGAACUAUCAACCUCCAAAUUAUCAACCACCGAAACCUUCAAAAUGGACGUCAUGUACGAAUCUGAACCAAUCAAUGACCAACUUAGUAUCGCAGACAGUCGACAAAACCAAUGCCACUAUUCUUGAUCUCGAGAACUUAGUCCGUCAGAGUUUGGGCGGUGGUGCGAAUGUCAAUGAGGCUACAUCGCGGUUAUUUGAUCAAGUCAUCACCUCGAUUGACCUGGGCUCGUUUUGCGGGAGGGAAAAUGAACUGAUUGCCGCAUGCACAAUUCCUCCACAGUCGGACGAGAAGAAAGAUCGUCGAUUACAACCAACGGGAAAGAAGCCAACAGCGUCCGUGGAUUACUUCUCCAAGGUGUAUCUGUAUGCCAAUUCGAGACUACCACCUCAUAUUACACCGCUGAGAUUCUAUCCACCAACAUAUCCCCUCCUCCAACUGGCAGCCAAGUACUCGCGCCGCGUCUACGACAAGCCUUCCGGCCGUGAACGGCAUUCAUACGUGGACUCAGAUUGGCUACAAGGCACCAAAGCCAUGGUAAUCAAGUCACUACCACUUGACGACAUGAACACGAUCGUCUUCGCCAUACGCGGUACACAGAGUUUCCUAGACUGGGCCGUGAACGUCAAAACAGCACCAACAUCUCCCGCGGGCUUUCUAGACGACCCCUCCAACUGCUGCCACUCAGGUUUCCUAUCCGUGGCUCGAAAAAUGGUCGCCCCCGUCGCAGCCCGACUACGCAAUCUUCUCGAAGAAGAUCCAUCACGAAUGUCCUACUCGUUAGUCUUCACUGGUCACUCCGCAGGCGGGGCCGUUGCCAGUUUGCUAUACCUCCAUCUCCUAUCUGAGUCGCCAGCCGUGCAAUCAGAACUCACUCAUCUGCGCGGCUGCUUUAAGCACAUUCACUGUGUUACAUUUGGUGCUCCGCCCAUAUCGCUUCGUCCGUUACAGCCCACUCCUACGACUCGGAAAUCGAAGUCUAUAUUCUUCGCCUUUAUCAAUGAGGGGGACCCGGUCUCCCGUGCUGAUAAGGGGUACUUUCUCUCGUUGCUGGAUCUGUAUGUUUCUCCCCCGCCGGGGUCAAUACUAGCCCUGCAUGAUAGGAAGAAGAAAUACGCUCCUAUUUAUUGGAGAACUCCUCCAUCGGGUCUUUCACUUGCUGGUCGGCUUGUUCUUCUUCGCCCGCGAGAGCAAUGGAGUGGUCGUCCUGUGAUUGUGGCACCUCCGAUUCCCGGUGGCCCUCCUGCGCUGCCACCGAGGGAAAAUGUGGAUGCUUGUGGUAUUACAGACCAUGAGCUCCGGGGUGUGGUCUUCGGUGACCCCGUUAUGCAUUUUAUGGACUUGUAUUCCCGUCGUAUUGAUACAUUGGCCAGAGAUGCCUUGGUCAAACGAUCAUGA